CCUCGAUCAACUUUCACACUCCUCAUGCUAUUCUGGAUGUCCUCAAUUCCCCCAGCAUGUUUCGCUAUCUCGAGCGCAUUAUUCUGGGUUGCCAUCCACCUUCCCUGCAAAGGUCGACGGCAGCGCAAUCCUCUCGCUGCAUACGAGCCCCUACCUCACAUGGCUCACCGGUAUGAACGUGUUGUGGGCACUCUUCAUUUGCGUCUGGAUUCAACAUGCAGUAGCCGUCCUCUACUUUGACCAAGUGAGGGUACCCAAGACGGCAUCCUCGUGGCUAGCGACAUACAAAAUUUGGAACGAUCCGCAGUGUCGCAUGAGUCCCGGGCUUCCACCACGAUACAAGCGUGCCAAUUCAUUCACCAGUCGUACAGGUUUCACAUUCCACAGAAUCGCCAAGGUCAUCCUCUGCUGGUCUUUUCAGCUCAUCUUCAUCGGCCCUAUGGUUCCCAUUCAUUUCAACUUCACCGCACAAGACUUCGCCCCCUUCCGCAAAGUCUUCUUCCGUCGCCUGCUACCUCUUUAUAACAACUAUCCCCCUAUUACCUUCCGCGAGAUUCAGAUCCGCCUCUUUCUCUCAGUCUACUGGAUUUGGAUUGCCUACCUUAUGCUUGACGUAUGUAAUAUACUACUCUCCAUUCUCUUCAGUGCCAUUCUCCGCCUCGACAAUCCCGAUGAAUGGCAACCCCUCUUCGGCAGCCCACUCGAAGCAUACAGCAUUCGCCGCUUCUGGACAAAAUUCUGGCACCGCCUGACCGUCUUCUCAUGCGCUUCCUCUGGAACACAGGUCACCCGCCGUCUUAUCGGCAUGGCACCUGAAUGCCGAAGCGAGCCAUGCUAUUCGCAUGAUGAUCUACUCUUCUUCGGGGCGAAUUUCUUGGCCAGUGCCAUGGAGGUGUUAGUGGCGUGCAGGCUGAGGUUCAUGAAUAGAUAUCAUGCAGGUGGUGACAAGUAUUUUUGGUUAGACGCCACCAUGCUAGACUGGCUCCGCAAACUCUUCAGUGCCAACAACACUGCCGUCGACUGGAGAUACCAGCAGCGUCGAAGCCGGAAGCGAAGCAAACAGAUACGUGCUCGUGAACAGGAACUACGCAGACAGAACCAGAGGCAGGAAUUGAAGGGGGGGAAGCGAAGAACACAGUUCUUCUGGGGGUCACCAGGUGUUACUACCCCUGUGUAUCAGACAAGGGCGUUCCAGUGA